AUGAGCGUCUAUAAUCGUCGUUCAAGUAUGGUUAAUUUAAAUCAAUUGGUAACAAAUAUUCCCAUACGGCGAAAAGCAGCCGAUCAAGUUGAAAGAGAUAAAUUUGAAUGGAGUCAGUGGCAAAGUGCUACAAAAGCGAUCAAUAAUGUUGAAACACCAGCUAAAGAAAAACAUGUUCGAAAUCUUAUUCUUGGCACAUUUCGUCUCGAAGGUGGCCGUCUUUUUUGGUCGAUGAUGACAAGACUUCAACUUGAAUCGAAUCCUAUUGUUUGUUGGAAGUUUUGUUAUGUUAUACAUCGACUUCUAAGAGAUGGACAUAAACAUGUUGUCAAUGAUUCAAUUCCUCUGGCACCUUACUUUGAACAGUUAGGCAAGUUUUGGAAUGCUCUUCGGCAAUGUUAUGGUAUAAUGACAUAUCGUUAUUGCCGCUUAAUGAUAUCAAAAUUAACGUUUCAUGAAAGAAAUCCAACAUUUCUCGGAAAUUUAUCUAUCGGUGAACACAAUGAUAUUCGGCGUGUAUUUACUGAUAAUUUAGACGCAUAUUUUCAAUUAUGUAUUGAAUUAUUGGAUUAUAUGGAAGAAUUAUUAGGUCUUGUCGAGUCGGUUUUUACAUCACUUGAUCAAUCACGUGCCAAUUCAAUGACAACAGCUGGCCAAUGUCGUCUUCAUCCACUUAUUAUUUGUGUACAAGAUUCCAGUUUACUCUAUGAUUAUAUCGUUAAAGUUCUUUUUAAACUUCACGAUAGUCUACCUGGCGAUACACUUCAAGGUCAUCGACAGCGAUUAAUUGAUCAAUUUCGAAGAUUAAAACGUUUCUAUGAACAAGCAUCUACAUUACAAUAUUUUAAAGAUUUAAUAAAAGUUCCUCUAUUACCAGAUAGUCCACCGAAUUUUAAAAUAAAAGAUGAUAUUAAAAAUUAUCAAACUCCAGUUGCUAUUGUACACACGCCACCACCUGAACCAGCACAAACUCAUGAUGAAGUGCUCAUUGAUACGUCUGAUGAUACAAGAUCGACAUUAAGUUUUGCAAUGUCUGACGAUUGGCCACCGAAUGGACAUCCUGUUGUUGAUCGAUCCAAAGAGAUCGUAGAAUUGGAACAACGGUUAUCCAAAUAUGAUGCCAUGUUACAAGGAAAUCGUGUGGAAACCGAUGAAUUGCAUCGACUUAUUGCUGCUAAAGAUACAGAAUUAAUUACUGAAAGAAACCAUCGUUUGCAACUUGAGGAGCAACUACGUCAACAAUUAGAUAAUCAACGACGUAUGGAAGAAAUGCAUGCACUUGACAAAAAAUCAAAUUCCGAUGAAAAAUAUAAUAAAUUACAUGAAGCGUAUACUAAAUUACGUGAAGAACAUAUUAUUGUUUUACGUCGUGAAGGCGAAGUUAAAAAACAAUUAGCAAAUUUAAAUCAAGAACAUUUACAAUUAAAAGCAGCGCAUAAGAGAAUUGAUGAUGAAUUUAAUCAGCUUAAAACUGAUUAUGAACAAUUAAAAACAAAACAAAAUGAAGAAACGAAUCAAGAAAUAAUUCAAUUACGUCAAACAAAUGAUGAAAUUUUUAUGAAUAUGAAUAAUAUAAAAGCUGAACGAGAUCGAUUCGAAAAAGAAAUUGACGAUAAUAGAAUUAGAUUGCAUCAUAGCGAUAAUCAACGUCAAAAUCUCGAAAAGACUUUACAUGACGAGAAAGAACGUACGACAACUCUAGAACAUACCAUCGAAACGUUGACACGAGAGCUUAACGAAAAAAAGCAAGUCCUACAACGUGAAAUGACCAGUUUUGAAAAUCAAAACAAAAUACUCGUCGAACACGAAACACGACAACAAGAAUUAGAAGAUACAUUAAUUCAAAUGUCUAAACUUAUAAAUGAAUCUGAAGCUAAAGCAAUAAUAAAUGAGAAAAAAUUAGAAGAAUUCCAAUUGAAUAAUAAAACAUUGGAAACUACGUUACAGAACAAAACAAAUGAGUUUAAUAAUAUCGUUAACAAUGUUCAACAUGAACUGCAUGAUGUUGAACAAAAAAAUAAAGAUUUACUGACCGUAAUUGAUCAGUUAAAAAUUCUAAAUUCUUCUCAUGACUCUAAAUUAAUCGAAACGAAUGGUAUCGUAACAGAAUUACAACAUAAAAAUGAGCAACUUGAAAAACAAUUAGAACAAUCCAACCGAGAAAAAGAACAGUAUCAAAAAGAAAUGAUCGAGUUUAAAAAAUUAAUGGAAAAGCGAGAGAGUGAAUUACAAGAUAGAAUAUCAGCAUUGACAAAUGAACGUAAUAAUUAUCAAACAGUAACAGUAACAACAACCGAACGUAUUAAAGAAAUUGAACAUGCUAAACAAAGUGUAGAAGAUCGAUAUAAAGAAUUAGAAAGUCAAAAAUUAAUGAUCAAUAGCCAAUUAGAAAAUCAAAAAUCAGAUUUUGAAAAAAGAUUAAACGAAGCAGAAACUGAACGUCGAGAUUUAUUCGAUAAAAAUCGAGAACAUGAAGAAAGUUUAAUUGAUUUAAUUCAUGAAAAAGAAGAACUUGAACAUAAAGUACUUGAUUUAGAAGCAGCAACACGUGAAUGGGCACAAAAAUUUGUUACUACAACUGAUAAUCAAAAAUUAAUGCAAACAAAUCAUGGAAAUAUGCUAAAUAAUUUAAAACAACAAUAUAAAUUCUCAAUUUUAACAUUUUGUAUCAAUCAAAUGCAUGAUGGUAUUGAACGUACUAAAGAUAUCGACUUAUUGAAUUGUAAGAGUGGUGCUGAGUAUCUCUUAUCGAAACUUCGAACGGCUGUUUCAAGUACAAAAACAACGCAAGACUUAUGGAAUAAACAGCUAUCUAAAGAUGAAUCUGCAAUGCUUCCAUUCCUGAACGAAUGCAUUUCAUUGGCUACUUGUAUGGUUGAUGUUGUUGUACAUGGGAAAGCAACAUCGAAUCUUGUACAAGACGUCGACCAAGGUGUGGGCUUAGCUGACAAUUGCCGUGAGGUUACUCUUCUAUGUAUUGAUCUUUACACCAAUUAUCAAACACCAUCAGCAUCUAUUGAUUUUGAUAAACAAUCGAACGAAUUAAUACGUCGUUUAAAUUCACUUAUCGACAAGACAACAAUUCUGUUACCUAAAGUAUCGGAUAUAAGUAAAGAAGAACUUGGUGAUCUUGUUGAAAAAGAACUUCAAUUAACUCAUGAAACUAUUGAUGAAGCUGUUCGAUUACUUGAAGCUAUGAUGACGAAAUCUCGUGAACAAGAUACCGGUAUUAAAUGUGAAGUCAAUGGACAAAUACUUGAUUCAUGUGGUAAACUAAUGCAAACAAUCAAAGUUUUAAUUAUCAAAGCACGCGAUCUUCAAAAAGAAAUUGUUUCUCAAGGACGAGGCACUGCAACUGCUCGCGAAUUUUAUACGAAAAAUCAUAAGUGGACCGAGGGUCUAGUUUCAGCAGCUAAAAAUGUUGGUGUCAACGCCAAAGUGCUAAUUGACUCGGCUGAUCGUCUAUUGAGUGGUAAUGGUAAAUUUGAAGAAAUUAUAGCCUGUUCACAAGAAAUAGCAGCAGCAACAGCACAACUUGUUGCAGCAUCAAAUGUUAAAGCUGAUCGUGAAUCAAAAAAUCGCGAAGCGCUUACACAUGCAUCUAAAGCAGUUAAUACAUCAACUGCACAAGUUGUUGCGACAGCGAAAAAUUGUGCUUCGAUUAUUGAAGAAAAGAGUACAAUGGACUUCAGCUCAUUAAAUCUUCAUACAACGAAACGCAAAGAAAUGGAUGCUCAAGUUAAAGUUCUUGAGUUAGAAAAAGCAUUAGAACAAGCCAAACAACAACUAUAUAAAUUACGAAAACAACACUAUCAAAUGGCUGGCGAAGAGGCUGGAUGGGAUCAAAGCGUAAUCACGAAUUUGGAUGCAGCAAAUAAUCCUCAUAAUUAA